AUGUGCAAAAUGACAUUUAUAGUUCAUCUGGGCAAUUAUCGAAGCUCAGUGUUUGAUGGCUGGCUCUAUCCCACCAAGGCUGGCAUUUGGACUACAGAAGAAAGCAUCACACAAUUGAACGGCGACUCCUUCUCAGGGAAUAUUGUUUUCCAUGACUUUGUACGAACUUUGAAGAAGUUCCGGAAGUUUCUGAUUGUAAUGGAAGAGGAGUGCAACAGACAGCAGCACAAAGAGAGCAACAGAACAUGUUGUUGCAGGACACAGGUGAUAUUCAGGACCCCUGGCUUGCGGAUUAUUCGACAACUGCUGCGGUCUGGCCAAGGCGGCUUCACUUGCCGCCGGGAUGUGAUAGAGGGUGUGGCUGCUGUUCUGGGAGAAGAUGAGGAGGACCUGCAGGACAUUGGGUUGGAUGCGCACAUGUACAAGCGCAUCGCUGUGCAAACGGUGUAUGAGCUGUGCUCACAUGGCGGGGACAGCAUGCGAGUGGCUGGAGCACAAGCAGGGGUUGUUUUGUCCCUCUUGCGGAUACUUGACAGCGAUCCCCCACCAAGGAUGCAACAUGCCGUCUUGCGCGCCCUUCACAACCUAUGUCGGCACAGCUUGCCUAGAACGCAGCUGGCGACUUCUGGGGGCGUUCCCAGUCUCCUUGGGAUUGUAGGUCUGGGCAUGAGGGAGGCCAAAUGGGUCCCAAGGCAGCGAUAUGACACACCAGUCGGCCGACGACAACAGACAUACACAGGACCUGCAUCGCCGGGUCAUCAAGGCAGUGGCAUUCAACAGGAUACAGCUUUUCACAUAAGGGCCUUGGAGUACUGCUCCGCUGUCCUGCGGAUUAUCGCAGACGCGCAGUCGCCCGAGUGGACAGACGACCUCCUUGAAGGGGGCGCCGUCCCCACCAUGCUGGAGGCCCUCAACCAGAGCGCCAGCGCCAUUGUGAAGAAACAGGCAUUGGGCACCCUCACUAGCUUGGCUUCAAUCCGAGACAGCCGUGCCCCUGAGUUCAUUGCUCUGGAAGGAGGCUGCAGCGCGCUGAUGAACCUUCGGGUGGACGCCAGCCAGUCCCACGCUGGCCAGGUCGACGACGCUGAUCAGUGGCUCGCCUGGACCAGCCUGGCGCUGUACCACCUGCUGGAGAACAAGCACACCAAGCGGUACGUGCUGAAGGCGGCCAGGGAGACUCUGGAUGGCGACGCCAGGGGCAUCAGCAUCGGGAUGUUGAAGCAGCUCUUCGCUCCCUGCGUGGACAACGUGGACGUGGACUGGAUCGUCGCCUUGUGA